AUGUCACAGAAACAGAACAAGGAGGGAAAAAAGAUAGAUGAGAUAGGAUGUCGAAAUACUAAUCAUCAACUGCCUUACCUGACAACUACACACGGUUUGGAGGAAGACCAUCAGAACCGCAGAAGAAAGAGGAGCAUGGAGCUUCACUGGUGGAAAGCUCUGCUCAUUACAGGGGCUGUUCUUCUGAAUGCCACAGGCUCACUCUCCCAGUCUGUGUGUGGUCAAGCUCCCUUCAACAACAAGAUUGUAGGUGGGGAAACUGCUAAUAGUAACGCAUGGCCUUGGCAAGUCAGCAUUCAAUACAGAGCAGGCCAUUUCUGUGGUGGAUCCCUGAUCAAUAACAACUGGAUCCUGUCAGCUGCUCACUGUUUCCAAAGUUCCAACACCAAUUAUGCAGCUGCUCUCACCAUCUAUCUGGGAAUGGCAAGCCUUCAGGGGAUCAACUCAAAUAGCCAGAUACGUUCCGUCAGUCGAAUCAUCAUUCACCCCAGCUAUUCCACCAGUUCCCAUGACAAUGACAUUGCGCUUCUUCAGCUUACCUCUUCAGUCACCUACACCGACUACGUCCAGCCAGCGUGCCUGGCAGCAGCUGGCAGCUCUCUGGGCGGCGGCACUCUUGUCUGGGUCACAGGAUGGGGAGACAUUGGUAAUAGUGUGAGCCUGCCAUUUCCUCAGAACCUACGGGAGGUGGAAGUGCCAGUUGUCACCAACAGUGACUGUAUAGCUUCCUAUGGAAGCAGCGUCACAAGCAACAUGAUAUGUGCUGGCCUAACUGAAGGGGGGAAGGACUCAUGCCAGGGUGACUCUGGAGGUCCAAUGGUCAUUAAGCAGGACGCUGGCUGGACCCAGGUUGGUAUUGUAAGCUUCGGAUAUAACUGCGCUGAACCCAAUUUCCCUGGAGUGUACACCAGGGUGUCCAAGUACCAAAACUGGAUCAACACUUAUACCAGCAGCAACCAACCUGGAUAUGUGACCGUCAUCACCAGCAGUGCCUCUCUACCUCUGUCCCUUUCUUUAUGUAUCACCCCAUUCCUCUUCUCCCUCUAUAUGUUUUCCUGAAAAAAAUCAAGGGACAAACACAAGACCAGCUAAAUUUAAAAAUUGAUUGUGCAUGUCUUCCUGAAGGACUAAAUAUGUCAAAGUGGAGAAUGAUAGUUUCACUUCUUGUAGCUUUUUGAAGGAUCUGUACUUUACAUGUGUAAUUACAUGUGUAAAUCUGUUUUUGACAACACUUCUAUCCAACUUUGUGAUGUACUCUAUUUUUCUAUCUAAGUUGUAAAUAGAAGGACUGUCACUGGGGUGGAACCCUCAGGUGUACAUCUCAGUUCCUUUACUCUGUGAACAAAACUGUACCAUAAUCCAUUUAAAUGAUAUUUUCUAUGUUCUAUUGAAUCCACACACCCUGCCUCGGUUCCAGGCUUUUUAUUUUAUUGUUCAGAUUUGAAACAUUAAGUUGUGAAAAAGCUCAAAUACGUAUUUUUCACCUGGGAAAAACUUAUUUAAGGGACACAAUUGGACCUUAAACCCACUGUUGUACCUUUGAGGGCACACUUAUUGGUACCUAUUUCUAAGAGUGUACCAUCUGUACUAUCGGGUAAAGUUACUGAUAAAUCCCCCAAGUGUUCCUCUUUUAAGGCCUCAGUUUCACUUAAGCCUCUGAAGGUUUUCCAAACUGAGUCAUGUUCAUAAGUCCAAAAGGUGGAGGCAUUUAUGGACCCAUUCUCUCCACUCUACUUUGUGAUUUUUCCUGGAAAGUUUACUGAUCAAUCACAAUCAAAUUAUACUGCUGCAUUUCAAAGUGCAAACGCUGAGGUGGUUACACAAGUACUUUGUAAAAAUUAUAAUUGUUGUUACAUUAUCUAAAUCUACAAGUUAACUCACCCAUAGUAAAAUUCUGCUGCAGCAAGAUUAUGGUAAACUAGACUAGACAGCAUUUCCCAAAUUCUACUAGAUUUAGUUAGAAGAAAAAGUAAUAUGUCUUUCUGAUUAUUGUGAUGUAUACAAAGGCAAUAAAGCUGCAGUUGAGUGUU